GUUUGCGGUCACACUGAACGCUAUCCAAAACGUGCGCUGGCAAACAAAAUAAAUACACGCGACCAGAGAGACGCUAGGAUAAAAUAUCAACAAACCUGUGCGACGCCCAAAGAGUGCUUUCAAAUAAAUUGUUUUACUUGAGUUAAACUGAACACGAGCUGACAAAAUGAGUAUGAGCGAUGACGACAGAGAUAUUGACAUCGAGAGUGACGACGAUGGGGACUCUGACAAUGGGUUGGGCUCCUCGCGGCACACAAGUACCGCAAAUUUUACGCAGGCCGAAAAACGAGCACACCACAACGCUUUGGAGCGCCGUCGACGAGAUCACAUCAAAGAAAGCUUCACCAACUUGCGCGAAGCGGUGCCUACGUUAAAGGGUGAAAAGGCCAGCCGCGCACAAAUACUCAAGAAAACCACCGAAUGCAUUCAAACGCUGCGCCGCAAAAUAAGUGAGAACCAAAAGGACAUCGAGGAUAUUAAGAAACAGAACAGCAUCCUGGAUGAACAAAUUCGCCGCCUGGAGGGUAACACUUCAAAUGGAACAGAUUUCUUAAGUGGCGACGACCUGAGUAGCGAUGUGGAGGACGCCUUGGAACAAGCUGACUUUAGUCGGCGGAGUAAAAAGAUGAAGACAUUUCAUGCAUAGCCCCCAAAAAGCUAACGUGCAAUGUGCAAGGUUUACGCUAGCAUCGUAAACGAAUCAAUCAAAGCAAAACUCCAAUGCGAGGGCAUCAAAAUCAUUACAACAAAAGUCCAAAGUUUUGCCCAUCUAUACCUUAAAGUGUGUCUGCGAGUGUGUGUAUGCUGUUUUGUACUCUAACCGAAUAAAAGUUUGUAAGUAUCUAAA